CCGUAUGCAAAUGCAGAAUUAUUCGAUAAAUUAAAUCGAAAGCAGACGGAGACAAUUUGUAGUAGUUUAUUUUUUGGCUAGUUAGGAAAAUUCGCCUAAACAUGGACGAAAAAGUUGCUAAUUUGGAUAAACUGGAAGAAACCGAAGUUAAAAUACCCAACAAACGAUCACCACCGAAAGACAAAUAUUUCAUAGCCGCCAUACUGCUAUUUUUUCUCGGUCUAGUAAACCAAUUACCAACGCAUUUCUUCCUCGUCGCCAGCGAUUACUGGAUGUACAAAUUCCGGGACCCGAAGAACGCCACCUACGACCUGGACCACAAGACCUACUACCAGAAAAUGUUCAUCUCAGUCAGCCUGGCCGUUCCGGGAUUCCCCUGUUUACUAGCCGCCUAUCUCUCGGCGAAAUUCGCCUUCCGGAUCGAAGUCAGGACGAGAUUUUUAAUGACAUUAGGCAUCAUCAGCUUCUUCUUCGUGGCCUUCACUCUGUGCAUUAAAAUCAACACCGACGCUUGGCAAACUGAAUUUUUCGUAGCUUCGAUAUUCGUUAUAACAGUGAUAUCUUUGUGUCAUCCAUUGUACAACGUCACGAUGAACGCGUUCAUGUCGAAAUUCCCUUCGGGUCUGAUCAAAAUGACGAUGUACGGCUCGGCGAUGUCGGGAAUAGCCAGCACGUGUUUGCAGAUCUUCUCCAUCUCCAUCAGCCACAAUUCCACCGACAUAGCCAUGAUAUAUUUCUCGCUCGGCAGCGUUCUGAUACUCUUCACCCUCUUCCUUUGCUACGUGAUGAACCGCUCGCCCGUGGUGCAGUACUAUUGGCUGGAGGACCAGGGGAAACACGUCGUGCCCAGUCAUACUUUGAAGGAUUUUAAGAACGUCGCCGUGCAAAUUUGGCCUUUGAUUCUGAUUCUAGUCAUAAAGAUUAGUACCACAGGCAUGGGUCAUUCGAAUAUAACCAAUUUGGUGGUGUCGCAAGGGUACGAGGACCACAAGGACGAAUUGUGGUACAGUAAAUAUUUUACACCGACUGUAACCUAUUUGGGAUACAGCAUUUUUAGCUUAAUCGGAAGGUUUUUUGGUCAUGCGUACAUAACGAGAAAAAACUCGCAUUGGUUCAUUAUUUUGACCAGUGUAAGAGCCUUCGUAUUGGGACCGAUGUUUUUGUUCUGCAAUGCCCAGCCCAGGCACCAUUUGCCCGUUAUUUUCAAAUACGAUUUCGAAUACAUGAUACUACUCUAUGUGUACGGCUGGUCGGAAUCCUUCAUUAUGACAACGCAUAUACUCAGCACACCCACCAUGUCUGGAGAUCAAUCAGAAGUAGCUUUCGUUUUGAUUCAAGUCGUUUCAAACACCAUGAGCACCAUAGCUAGUUUCGUGGAUCCUUUCUAUGUGAAACUGCUUUAAUAAAGUGUAAAAUCAGAUAAUUAGUGCAUUCGGGGUAUCGGAAUUUUGCACCAAAAUUGGGGUACUUUACUCUUGAGAAUAGAGUUGUAGGCAAUUCCUGCAUGGAAAAAUACAGGCAAAUUUGGUGUUGAGUUCCGGUGCAGUGUAUUUUCUUGUAGCGCCACUGCACCCAAAAUGGU